GUCCAAGAAGAGGACACAUAUUCUUGGUGUCCACCAAUCUCGUUGGGAGCAACUCCACGUGUCAACACUGGUACGAGGAUGAGCCUACGAGCAAAGCAAACAACCAUUUUUUCUUUCUCUCAGAAACAAACCGUUCGUCGGUUUGGUUUUGAUGUUAUUCAGAGACUGCGACUGUGAUAAUAAGCUGAAGAUCAGCUGAUCACCAACAACAAAUCAAUGCAUACAAAGGAAUAUCAUGACCAUUCUUCCCCCUCCACCCCUCGAAGUCACAGGGAAUCAUCCACCCACGCUUCUCUUUCGCCCACAACACCUCGAAACAGGGAAUCUCACGCCCUCCCUUCCGUAUCCACACCUCGAAUGUACAGGGCGGAUAAUGGCCCCCCUUCGCCCUCAACCCCUCGGCUCCGCCACCGUAAACGCUACCAAGAGGAUAUUCCGGGGGAAAGCAAAAUAAAUGGGAUCGACUUACUUGUAAAUGAUCAAGACAAAUACAGGUCUAUGUGGAUCCGCGCGUGUUCUUCUCUGUGGAUGGUUAUAGGUUUCAUCGCCGUUAUUUACUUGGGUCAUCUUUAUAUUUGCGCAAUGGUGGUUGGCAUUCAAAUAAUCAUGACUUCUGAGCUGUUCAAUUUGCUCAGAAGGGCUCAUGAGAGUAGGCGCCUUCCAGGUUUUAGGCUUCUGAAUUGGCACUUUUUCUUCACUGCAAUGCUGUAUUUGUAUGGACGGAUUCUUAGCCAACAGCUUGUGAAUACUGUAAUUUCUGAUCAGUUCUCGUAUAAGCUAGUGGGCAUGUUUAUCAAGUAUCAGAUGGUCAUAUGUUACUUCUUAUACAUAGCAGGAGUUAUGUGGUUCAUACUCACUUUAAAGAAGAAGAUGUACCAGUAUCAAUUUGGACAGUUUGCGUGGACACACAUGAUCCUUAUUUUGGUCUUCACACAAUCCUCAUUCACUGUAGCCAACAUCUUUGAAGGCAUUUUCUGGUUCAUUCUUCCAGCAUCACUUAUCGCUAUCAAUGAUGUAGCGGCUUACUUGUUUGGGUUUUUCUUUGGGAGAACUCCUUUGAUUAAACUCUCUCCAAAGAAGACAUGGGAAGGUUUUAUUGGAGCGUCUGUUGCGACCAUGAUAUCAGCAUUCUUGCUUGCAAAUAUCUUAGGCCGUUUCCAAUGGUUGACAUGCCCAAGAAAGGAUUUAUCAACUAAUUGGCUUCAGUGUGACCCUGGUCCGUUAUUCAAGCCAGAGUACUAUUCUUUGGGUACUUGGCUACCAAACGAGUUUCCCUGGAAGGAGAUAUCGAUACUUCCUGUUCAGUGGCAUUCUUUAUGCCUUGGGUUAUUCGCAUCAGUUAUAGCACCCUUUGGAGGAUUUUUUGCUAGUGGUUUCAAGAGAGCCUUUAAAGUCAAGGAUUUUGGAGAUAGUAUCCCUGGACAUGGUGGCUUUACCGAUAGAAUGGACUGCCAGAUGGUGAUGGCAAUUUUUUCCUACAUCUAUUUGCAGUCAUUUGCUCUCCCACAAUAUGACUCUGUUGAAAUGAUGCUGGAUCAGAUUGUUAGGAGCCUGAGCUAUGAGGACCAGACAACACUAUACAUUAGGCUGAGCCAGAUAUUCAAGGAGAGGCAGCUUGGGAAUUCAUUAGCCUGAAGGAAUGAAGUUCACAUACACAAACACAACUGGAUCAACCUUAGCUUUAUGCCACUGUGAUACCAGCCCUGAGAUUUUGAAGGGAUGGUGUAUAGAAUGAUUGAUUGAUGUUGGGAAAGAAAUCUCCUCUGAUCUGAUAUUACUUGUUUCUGUAAAACAGUGUGGAAGGCAUGCAUGCACUUAAACAUGUAUGUUUGUUCUGCUGAGCUAAAUUUGAUUUAUUCAAUUCUUUAAAAAAGAUGAACACAUUUGGUUUUUA